AACUUUCUGCUAAUACAAAAACAAAAAAAAUGUAUUCUACUCAUGUCUCCUCCUUUAUCUCCAUUCCAUUUCCUCCAUCGAAAUCAAAAACUCACAAACUCAAAUAUCCUAAAAUUCUUCAUACUAAGCUAUGCAGCUCAACUCCAAGAAUGUCACUUAACCAAAACUCAAACACUAACCUCAUAAACACCAUCACUAAGCUUCUAUGGGGUCCAUCACUCCCCCCACAACUCCUCAUCUCCACCGUCCGUUCAACCUGGUCCGCGGCGUGGCAGCUCAUGAUGUCCCAACUCGCUCCAUCAGACCCAACCGGAUCCUAUACCCGACCCACUUCUCAAUUUCGGUUAUACUCCAAUCCCAAAUUGAAAGUCUCCCCGAAAGACCUCCACCUUUAUGUGGGCCUUCCAUGUCCGUGGGCACACAGAACUCUUAUUGUUCGAGCUCUUAAGGGUCUUGAAGAUUCUGUACCCGUUUCAAUUGCUUCUCCGGGUAUUGAUGGGUCUUGGGAAUUCCCUUUUUUUUCCGACCCGGAUAAGGAUAAGCUUGUUCCGAGUUUGGAUAAAGCUAAUGGGUGUAAAACCUUGAGAGAAGUUUAUAAGCUGAGACGAGCUGGUUAUAGUGGUCGAUCAACUGUUCCAAUGUUGUGGGACAUGGAGAAGAAGGAAGUGCUUUGUAAUGAGAGUUAUGAUAUUAUUGAGAUUUUCAAUUCGGGUUUGAAUGAAAUUGCAGGGAAUCCUGAAUUGGAUCUUUCACCACCUGCAUUGAAAGAUGACAUUCGAAAAUGGAACGAUAUAAUUUAUCCAAACGUUAACAAUGGCGUGUACAGGUGUGGAUUUGCACAAAGUCAAGAAGCAUACGAUAAAGCAGCAGAGGGGUUGUUUAGAACACUGGAAAUGUUGGAGGAUCAUUUGGGGGGAUCAAGGUAUUUGUGUGGGGAUGUUUUGACACUUGCAGAUGUGUGUUUGUUCACUACUUUGAUUCGGUUUGAUGUGGUCUAUAAUGUCCUCUUCAAAUGUACCAAGAAGAAGCUCAUUGAAUUCACCAUCCUCCAUGGAUAUCUCAGAGACAUUUAUCAGAUACCAAAGGUUGCAGAAACUUGCAAUAUGGGGCAAAUAAUGGAAGGUUACUACAAGAUUCUGUUCCCAUUGAAUCCAGGCGGAAUUAAUCCCAUUAUGCCUAGUGGUUGUGAGGAUGAAGUGCUCUCUAAACCUCAUAAUAGAGACUCCUUGUCAUUGGAGACAAAAGUUGUGCAACACUCUGUUUCUUGAAUUCAAAUGCAAGGACAUUACACAUUCUGGCAUCGUCUAGUCCACAACUUUUUGUUGUCUUUUUGUGUUGUGUAUAUACUUAUUUGAAUGUACAAUUGUAUGUAUAGAGUUGAGUGUACUUGUUGUCAACAUACUACAU